UCUAGCUUGCUACUCUCACUUCCUCCAUUAGCCUAAAACUUGAUUCCGAGUUUCCAACCUCCUGUGUGGCUGUGUUCAGCAUCCCGGUAGCACUCUGUGAAGAAUUCAAUUCAGAGCACGCCGCGAUGACGCAAAAGAUUGUGAUCAAGGUGGAUAUGACGUCCGACAGGUGCCGGUCCAAGGCCAUGGCGCUGGUGGCGGCGACGUCAGGGGUGGACUCGGUGGCGCUGGCCGGGGACGGCAGGGACCAGGUGGUGGUGGUCGGCGACGGCAUCGAUUCCGUCAGGCUAACCACCGCGCUGCGCAAGAAGGUAGGCCACGCGCAGCUCGUGCAGGUCGGCGAAGCCAAGGAGGAGAAGAAGCCCGCUGCCGCCGCCGUCGAGUACACGUACCAGUACUACCCUUCGCACGCGGUGCCGCUCUACGAGCACACCGCCGGCGCCUACGGUUACCAGCAGUACCACUCCCGGCCGGGCACCUGCUCCAUAAUGUAGACAAGAGGUUUGCAGGCAAUCGCAAACGUACGUAUAUAGUAGUUCUUGGGUAUUCUUUCUGUUUAGGCGUUUAGCUUUCGUUGCGUUGGUUGUUGUCAAAGCUUCCUGUAGUUAA